AUCAAAAUAUGCACAUUCCUUCACCUGCAGCCAUGGAGCGGAGCCUCGCAAGAAUCAAGCGGCUAUCGAAGCGGCUCGUUGCUGGCCCGUAUGACGAAGAUAUCGUAGCUGAGAUAGAUCAAGCUUACGAAAAGCAUAGAGAGGCCUAUGGGCGAGCAGCUCUUGCUCAGUUUGAGGAAUUCAGCCCCGGCUUUAGCCGAGACCUCGUGAGCGCGAUUCAUGUCAGCGUACGCAACGCGGUGGAUUCUGAGCUGCAGUGUGGAGCGGUCGAGACCAUGCGCGUCUGCGUGAACGCGGUUAUGUUGCUGGAUGAAGAGUCCACGGGGACGGUUGGCAUCGCCCUUCUGCGCGGGGACAUCCUGAUCGUGCUAGCACACGGCUUCGCGCGCGUGGCUGGCAGACUUGAUGGCGACAGCGCCGGUGGCAGCAGCAGCGGGGCCGGUGGCGGCGGCAGCUACCGCGGAGGCGGCAGCGGCGGCGGGGUCGACGCCGCAGCGGCAGCAGAGCUGCUGCUCCUGCAGCAUCAGGCUAUGUGGGUUUUACUCACCACCCUGACACACGUUACGACCGCAAGCCUGAUGACGUAUGAUCGCGGGGCUGGCUCCGAGCUGGCCUCGGCGCUGGACCGCAGCGGGUUGCUAGAGCACGCCGCGGCGGCACUGCUGCGGCUGGCUGCGCGCCUGCACAGCCUAGCUGCAGCAGCAGCACAGGCAACACCGGUGGCAGCAGCACCGGCGGCAGCAGCACAGGCAACACCGGUAGCAGCAGCACCGGCGGCAGCACCACCAGCAAUGGCGGCGGCGGCGCGCGGUGCCGUGGCGCCAAGCAGACAGCAAGUGCCGCGAGCGGCGGGCAAGACAGCAGCGGCGGGUCAGGGCGCCGACGCCCACUGCCUUGCGCUGCUGCUGGUGUUGGAAGAGGCGUGGGACAUGCACCGGGAAGCGUCGGAGCGGCUUCUUGACGUCCUCGAUUGCCUUCUGUCUGGGCCGCGAGGCCGCUGGGAGGCCUUGUGUGCCAGCACCGACCGCUACCCCACUCUCACCGAGCCGGUGCAGAGUGGCAUCGCCACUGGCCGGUCCGAUGCCGAUGCCGACGCGGCGGCGGCUGCAGCGGCAGCUGCGGCGGAGGAGACGCGGCUGCUGCUGUGUGGUCCCGCGGUGCAGCUGUUCCUGCUCGCAUGCGUGGCGAGCGCCGGCGCUGACUCCGUUCCCGCAAGGGCGCCGGCGGCGGCGAAUGCGGCAGCGGCGCCCCAGCCACAGCUGUGGCUCCAGUACCCUGCAUGGCUGCCGGAAGCUCUCCGACUGCAAUGGCCGGAUGAGCCCUCGUCUACGCUCGUCCGCGCAACGUCAAUAGCAGCCCGGGCGCUGCAGGCGACGGUGAUGGGCCGCGGCGGCGUGCUGCCAUGUGCGCAGCCGCCGCACGGGCACCGGCCGGGCCAGAGCCCGCGGCCCCUGCUGCCGCACUCGUGUCCGUUCCCGUCAGCCGCAGUUCAUGUGUACGACAUCGCGGCCCGGACGUGCCACGCAGUCUUCGCCCGAAGUCGUCACGCGGCAGUGGCAGUGACAGGAGCAGCGUCAGGAGCCGUAGCAGGAGUUGUGGAUGGCGCGGGGAGCAAUGACAGCGGCGGCGUCAGAAUCAGCUUCGAGUGCGCCCUUAAGCUGCUGCGCCUCCUGCUGCGGCUGCUGCCGGAGCUGCGGCCGCGUCAGGCGGCGGCGCGGCUGCCGGGACUGUGGCAGCUGGUGGUGGCGGCGCUGCCACUCCUGGUGGAAAUGCCUGUAAAUGCGAAUCGGCAAGUCAACACGCUCGGACUUAUCAACGAAGCAAGCUUGCUUCUACGGCUGCGCCUGGAUGCGGCCGGCGAGGUUCCGCCGCCGCGAGUCUUCCCGCCGCCGCCACCGCAGCGGCAGCCGUUGUUGGUCAGGAGCGACACGGCGCCGGCUGCGGAGGAGCCGGAGGCGGCAGGCGUCGCGUGCUGCAGCUACAGCCUGCGCUGCGCGCUGGACGCGGGGCUGCUGCCGAUGCUGGAGCGGCUGCUGCGGCGGGCGGUGGGCGGCCUGCCGCCGCGCCGGGCUGCGGCGACUGCGACGCUCGCGACAGCCUAUGCGGCGGCGGUUGAGGAGGUGGGUGAGGACCCGGGGGCGUUGGCAUUGGCGGCGGCGGCGCUGGGCGCGGGCGGGAAGCUCGUGUGGCAGGAGCACAUAUUGCUCGCCGCGCAAGCCGCUUGCUCGCUGUUGCUAGAGUCGGGCGUGUUUCCGGCGGCGCUGGCGCACGGGGCGGUGGCGGAGCUGGUGCCGCUGCUGACGACGAUCGGCCGCGUGCUGCGCUGCUUGUGGAAGGAGGCUCGCAUGCGCCUAGUGCGACCGACAACAAUGUCGGACCUAGACCGUCAAGCCGCAUGCGGCGUGGUGGCCCGCUUGCCGGUGUCGGGGGCGUCGGCUGGGGGCUGUUGGAAGCUGGUCGUGGCGUCCCUGCUCCAGCAGCUGUACGCCGCGCGCGACGUUGCCGCCCCUGCCGCUCAGCAGCAGCAGCAGCAGCAGCAGCAGCAGCAGCAGCAGCAGAAACAGCAGCAGCAGCAGCAGCAGCAGCAGCAGAAACAGCAGCAGCAGGAGCUGCACCAGCAGCAGCCCUCAGAGCAGCGGGAGCAGCAGCCUCGAACAAUGUCAGAUGGAAGCAGAAGCGGUGAGGCCAACGGCAGCGGCAUUGGUGCCACGGCCAUCAGCGCAGACGCAGGCACCGAACAAGGUGCAGACAGCGCCGCAGACGGCAAUGCAGCCGCGGAUGCGGCUGCCGACGCAGCAUCGUACGCCGCUGCCGACGAGGCGAGCGAUGACGCGCCAGUUGCCAUCAAAUCCGCGUACCUCUGGCUGUUGCCGGACCGCAUCGACCCAGCCUGGCUGGCGGCGGCCGGCGGCGCGCCUCCCGCCGGCACCGCGGCGCACGUGCAGCAGGACGCGAUGCAUACCCUGCUCACCUUGUUGUGCGUGCCGUCGCUCUUCGCCGCGCCUGCAGAGCCGUGCCUGGCGUCACCACUGGCCGCGCUCGACGCUGCCUUGGAGGCGGCUAGUGCCCAAGAGAACUUCUUUAAGUGCGUACUGCAGGCCUGGUUUGCUUUCCACGCCGCCGACUUGAAAGAGACGGAUUGGCAGAUGCAGGUGUUGACCGGCGGCGCCAACGCAAGCAUCAGUAGCACCAGCAGCAUCAGCAACAGCGCAAUGACCGGCAGCGACGGUGGCCGGGCGGCCGUCACCGGGGGUGCUGGAGAGCGGCAGGCGGGCGCCGCGGCGCGCGGCGGCAGCGGUGACGACGACGAUAAAGGUGAUUGGCCGCCUGCUGAGGAGCGGCUGCUAGCGACGGUGUUCCUGGAGGAGUGGGCGGAGCAGGUGGGCGCAGCCAGCGUUCUGUGUCUCCAUGGAUACGGCGAGGUCUUUCAUCAAAUCAAACGGGCCGCGGCCUGCGGCGGCAGUGCUGGUGCUGCCGCGGCGGCUGCUGGUGUGGAGGGCGGCUGCCGCAAGGCUGCGCGCGGCCCCGGUGGCUCUGGCAGCGCUGGCGCCAGCACCAGUGGGGGCAGCGCCGGUGGCCACGGCGGCGGCAGCGCGCAGGAGCUCUCCAUCGAUGUUGGCGGCCCGCGCCGGCCGCUGACUGACACCGAGCACGCGGUCGUGGCGCGCCGGGUGCUCGAUCUGAUGGAGGUGCAGUCGUUCUGCGUGGUGUGGUGCAGGAUGGGUAGCGGCGUGUGGCUGUGCCCGCCAGACGCGCUGCCCUGCCUGUUUCUGCCGCCUUGGGCCUUGGCGUAUCUGGAGCGCUGGGGCCCGCUGCACGAGCGGCCGUGGCUUCAGGGGCUGCUGCUGCCGGCGCCGGCAGGCGGCGUCGACAAAUGGAGCAUGCCCAAUUACGAGGCGGCGGCGGCGGUGAGGGCAGCGGCGCACCCGCUGAUGGCGGAGCAGGUGGCGCGCGGUCAGGACGCAUUUAGCAAGCUCGUCCUGCGCAUCCAGAAGCGCAUCUUUGAGGAAAACUGGGAGGCGUUGCGCUGGACGCCGGCGGCGCUACGUCUGGCGUGUGACGCCCUGGAGGUGGACGCGGCGGCCCGGGGGAAGGCGGCGGCGGCGGCGGCGGGUGCGGGCGCGGCAGCUGGGGAUGGCGCCAGCGGCAGCGGCCCUGCCGCUGGUGCUAGCGGCAGCGCUGCGGGUGGCGCGCAGAGUGCGCCGUCGCUUGUAGCGGCGCCUACGGUUUGCGGCAAUUCGUUCUGUCGCAGCUUGGACGGCCCCAGCGCGCUGAUUGCGCCCGGCGCGGGCAAGACCUGCUCGCGGUGCCGGCGGCUCACCUACUGCUGCGGCGCGUGUCAGCUGGAGCACUGGACGCAGGGGCGCCACCGCAAGGCCUGUUCCGAGCUGGUGAAACUGAAUCAGAUGCGUCAGGCUCGCGGCGCCACGCCGUUGUGAGUGUGGGGCAGGCAGACAGGCAGCGGUGGUGGGGUGGGGCUGUUGGGACCGGGUCCAGCUAGGCCGCGUGCCCCGCUGCGUGGACCCCUGUUGUGGUUUUGGUAUGGAGAUUUGGAGGGUGGGGCACGGGCGCGACGUAGGCUUGGAGAUAAGCGUGGGGCUGUUGGACCUGGUUGGCGGGGGCCUGUGUGCUAAGGGCUGAUGGCUGCGUGCGGAUGGUUGUGUGAGGAUAGCUGUGGCAGGUGACGGCCGCUGGUGGAGUGAGGGCGGCGGGCGCAGCAGGCAGAGGGACUAAGGGCCGGGCAGGUGUAGCCCAGACUUGGGACGAGAGCAGGUCGAGGAAAGCAGGAGAGGACACUGACAAGUAGCGCGUUUUGGCAUCCUGCAAAAGCUGUGCAGCAAAGGCAACGCCGAGGGGCGACUCGGGGCGGUCGGCAUGGGAGGUCGGCCAAGCGCGUGUCGAGCGUGCACAUACACACGGUGCAGACGGCGAACACGCGCCCCCUUGUAGUCAUAC